GUCGUCCCAUAUUGUGGCCCGAGCCAAUGUUAUCAGUGGAGGUAGCAAAAAGCUGGGCCUAGCGAUCAUGGAUUACAUGUUGGAUGCAUACGUGGGAUACGACAUCGGAUCCAUUGAACCGGAUGAUAUUCCCAGAACGGACGACGUGGUCUGGGUACUGGCCAAGCGAUACAAUGCAACCGAAGAUCUGGAUCUGAUCCGCCGCGACGUGCAAACCCGCCUGUGGUGCACCUAUCGACGUGGCUUCGUUCCGAUCGGUGGCUCGCAACUGACCACCGACAAAGGCUGGGGCUGUAUGCUGCGCUGCGGUCAGAUGGUCCUAGCACAGGCGCUCACCCAGCUGCACCUGGGGCGCGAAUGGAUCUGGACACCGGAAGCCAAAGACGAAACCUAUCUCAAGAUAGUAAACCGUUUCGAAGACAGCAAAGCGGCGCCCUUCUCGUUGCAUCAGAUCGCUCUUACUGGGGAGUCAUCGGAGGAGAAACGAGUUGGCGAGUGGUUCGGACCGAACACGGUAGCACAGGUUCUAAAAAAACUAGUAAAAUUCGACGAUUGGUGCGGUUUGGUAGUCCACGUUGCUCUCGACAAUACUCUAGCCACGGAUGAAGUUUUGGAACUUUGCGUGGAAAAAUCAAACCCGGAUAGCUGGAAGCCACUGCUUCUGAUUAUACCGCUACGAUUAGGCCUUAGCGAAAUCAAUCCCAUCUACGUCGAUGGUCUCAAAAAGUGCUUCGAGCUAGCAGGAAAUUGCGGCAUGAUCGGUGGCCGUCCCAAUCAGGCCCUCUAUUUCAUCGGUUACGUUGCCGAUGAAGCCCUCUACCUGGACCCGCACACUGUCCAGCGGAGCGGUACAAUCGGAACCAAAUCCGAUCAGGAAGAGAAGGAGCUAGACGAAUCGUUUCACCAGAAGUACGCUCGGCGGAUUAAUUUCAAAGGAAUGGAUCCAUCGCUGGCGGUGUGUUUCCUGUGCACGACAAGAAAAGACUUUGAUGAUCUGAUGCAACGUUUCAACGAGGAGCUGAACGGUGGGACAUGUCAGCCGCUAUUUGAAGUGACCAAAACACGGCAAGCACCCUGGACACCCACGACGGCAUCGUCGGGUUCCUCGCGGAAGAACAGUGAACCUAACGACACGUUCAACGAAAUUUCCGCCACGGAAAUACAGAAUGAAGAGUUCGAAGAAGUGGAAACCCGACAGCUGGACGACUCGGACGAGGAGUUUGAGAUCAUUGUGUAACGGAUGGCUUGCUUCUAGGGAAAUAAGACUUGUAUAAUAUAGAUUGGUUAGGCUUCUAAGAGUUAAGAAAGGAACGCAACUAGGUUCGGCAGAAGGUCUAGAUUGGAAGAUAAAAUAAAAAAUGCAAAAGUGCUUUAAACCCGGAACAGAAACAACUGACCCAGCUAGGCUUUAGCGCUCGCUGAUAGUAGAUUUUAAUCGUUUCAAUCGUUUGUUUUGUGUCGUCUUUGUUUGUUUCUGCAAUUUUAGGUAAGUGCAGCAUCAUCUCUUUGCUAGGUAUAAAGUAUGCGGAAUAUAUUUACAUUUUAGUGAUCCGAAUCUGAUUUUGUACCGGCCCUAUUUACCAUAUCCAAAUUUGUACAACGUGUUAGUCACAUUUUAUCAUUUUUUAUAUAAAGUUCACGAACAUUUCCCUAAAAAAACCUAACUUUUAUUCGAUACUGAUAAAAUGAUUUGUAACAAAAGUGAAAAUAAACGA